AUGGCCGUAAUCACCGAUAAUUCUGGGAUUAAACCGGAAUCAGACACAAGUGGUGCUGGAAUAGUAGAAAUGUCUGUUGAUGAUUUAGACAGGCAUAUAGAGAAGUUGAUGAAAUGUGAACUCAUAUCGGAACAAGAUGUCAAAUCAUUAUGCGCCAAAGCUCGAGAAAUUCUUGUGCAAGAAGGAAAUGUUCAAGCCAUUGAUUCUCCAGUCACGAUAUGCGGAGAUAUUCAUGGUCAAUUUUACGACCUAAUGGAACUUUUCAAAGUUGGAGGUCAUAUUCCAGACACUAACUAUUUGUUUUUGGGUGAUUUCGUUGACCGAGGAUUCUACUCGGUUGAAACUUUCUUGUUAUUGUUAGCCUUAAAAGUUAGAUAUCCCGAUCGUAUGAUGUUAAUUCGAGGAAAUCACGAAAGUCGUCAAAUUACUCAAGUUUAUGGAUUUUACGACGAAUGUAUGAGAAAGUACGGAAGUGCUGCCGUGUGGAAGUAUUGUACUGAAGUCUUCGAUUAUCUCUCUUUAUCCGCUGUGAUUGAUGGAAAAGUAUUCUGUGUUCAUGGAGGUCUCUCUCCUUCUAUUCAAACCCUUGAUCAAAUUCGCGUUAUUGAUCGCAAACUUGAGGUUCCUCAUGAUGGUGCUAUGUGUGAUUUAUUAUGGUCUGAUCCUGAAGAUUCUGCCGUGGGAUGGGGAAUGAGUCCUCGAGGUGCUGGUUACCUCUUUGGCAGUGACGUUGUUAAAACUUUUUGUGAAAAUAAUGAUGUAGAGCUCAUUUGCCGUGCUCACCAAUUAGUCAUGGAAGGGUAUAAAUGGCAUUUCAAUGAAAGUGUUCUAACAGUUUGGUCGGCUCCAAACUAUUGUUAUAGAUGUGGAAAUGUAGCUGCUAUUCUAGAGUUAGACGAACACCUAAACAAAGAUUUUACGAUAUUCGAUGCAGCUCCUCAGGAAAACAGAGGUGCACCGACGAAGAAACCGCAACCCGACUACUUUUUAUAA